AACUGGAAUAUCACAAGUAAAACAAACUCCCAUUUCAUUUAUCCAUACUCCAAAUAUCAUCUUCAGUUCUUCACCCCUAUCAUCUGCAAAAUCUCCCCUUUUUUACAACUCAAGAAGAAAUGGCAGGAGUUGGACCCAUGUCUCAGGAUUGGGAACCCGUUGUUAUCCGCAAGAAGGCCCCCAACGCCGCCGCCAAGAAGGACGAGAAGGCUGUCAACGCCGCCCGCCGUGCUGGCGCCGAAAUCGAAACUGUCCGUAAAGCGGCUGCUGGGUCGAACAAAGCUGCAUCCAGUGGCACAUCUCUAAACACCCGAAAGCUGGAUGAUGAAACUGAGAAUCUUGCUCAUGAUCGAGUUCCAACUGAACUAAAGAAGGCCAUCAUGCAAGGGCGUAUGGAUAAGAAGCUUACCCAGUCUCAACUUGCUCAGCUGAUCAAUGAGAAGCCACAAAUCAUACAGGAAUAUGAAUCAGGAAAGGCCAUUCCAAACCAGCAGAUCAUCGGAAAACUGGAGCGUACUCUUGGUGUGAAACUGCGCGGAAAGAAGUAGAGACUGAAGAACCCCAAAUUUCUGAAAUCUUGAUUUAAAACUGUUGGGGUUUAAUAUGUGAUGGAGUUUGAAACUGGUGUAAAACACUUCCCAGCUGUUGGCUUUUGUAUAAAUGUGUGGGUUGGACUAAAUCUACGGAUAUGAAUAACACUCUGAAUGCAUGAUCUUUAGUUCCAUGCCACAAUAUGUUUGGUUGAAUGUUGUUAUGAAGUCAUUAAACUUCCCUUCACCAAUUAAUAUCCACAGCCUCCAAAUUUACGUA